AUGAUAGUCUUUAAUGCACUGGUCGACAAUCUAAUGGCAGAAAUCAAGUUGUUAUACGACACUGAGAAUAUUGACGGUGAAUUUUGCAUUGAUCUUCUCGUGGUUUUUGAUCGUGAAAGUCAUGCAUGGCCCAUUGCCAAAAACGCAGACGUCAUUUCUAAAGGUGUUUCACUUCGCACCAUACUAGGUAGUGAGGCUAUCAAAGGAAUCUCGAGUGGUUGCGGCAACAAAGAAAUUGGAACAAGCACAAUUGAAGAAGUUGGAUCGACCAAAAAAAAGAGGAAAGCUCAAGAGGCCAACGUAGAAACUGAUAUUUUAGAACAGUCCAACUCAUUCGUUAAUCAGGAGUUUUCACAAGAACCAACUCGUCAGGUUUUGAAACGUCCGUCUAAGAAGGUCUCUCAAUUGUCCGGCUCAGAUCUUGGCCUCCCUAAUGAUACAUCAAACCCACCAAAGAAUGCUCAACAGUCAUCACGCAUCUCGGUUUCUAGGAUAACACGUGAUAUGUCUUUGCAAUAUCCGAGUCAUAAUGGGUUUGCCGAUAGAGCCUAUCAAACUCAUGUGAAGCAAUCCCUCCUUCCAUCAACACCUCAGACACCCUAUGUUACGCGAGCAUAUGUUGUUUUCCAGGAUACUCCUUCAGAAAACCUCGGACCUAUGCGCCCUCCGAAUCCUUAUCCUGUCACCAGGCUGCUUCCCUCAGCAAAUCAGGCCUAUCAGACUAAUACUCGCACAACGAUGACUACACCGGUGUCUUUGGGUCUCAACCGUGCCGAGCUUGAAUAUCCUGAUAUGGUCAAGUACCCCAACGCAAAUCGAUUCAAUCCUCAAGUGAUCUCCCCAUCAACUACUCCAUCCGCUUUGAAUACACAACCUCAAUCAAAUUUGAACACGAGGUUGCCACUGUCAAACCUCACCAACCUCAAUCGACCUACACUACCAGGAAUACAACGUUUAGAAUUUUUCGCGCCAUCAAAUAGAUCUUCUGCUGUACGUCCAAACCUCCCAAAAGUUUCCAACCCUUCCGGUUCUAACUCAGUCCAACAGGCCCUAUCACCAUUUGAACCAACACAUCACGUAUCGAACUCCAACACUUACAACUAG